GCUCGCCUGCUCGCUGCCGCCUGACCGGGACUAGGCGCUCUCCGGACAGCGGAUCAGGCUCGGAGCCCUAGAACCAGCGCGGAGCCCCACCAUGUCAACCACAGAAGCAGAGACAGAGCAGAGCCUCACCCCCAAUGUGAUGCUCAACACAGAGAGCAGUGAGGGAUAUGUGGUGAAAGUCCGGGGGCUGCCUUGGUCCUGCUCCACUGAGGAGGUGCAGAGGUUCUUCUCCGAUUGCAAAAUUCUGAACGGGGCUUUGGGUAUCCGUUUCAUCUAUACCAGGGAGGGCAGACCAAGUGGAGAAGCAUUUGCUGAACUUGAGUCAGAGGAAGAUGUGAAAUUGGCCCUGAAAAAAGACAGAGAAACAAUGGGACACAGAUAUGUUGAAGUUUUCAAGUCAAACAACGUUGAAAUGGAUUGGGUUCUGAAGCAUACUGGUCCCAACAGCCCUGAUACAGCUAAUGAUGGUUUUGUACGUCUUAGAGGACUCCCAUUUGGCUGUAGUAAAGAAGAAAUUGUACAGUUUUUUUCAGGGUUGGAAAUCGUGCCAAAUGGGAUAACAUUGCCGGUGGACUUCCAGGGGAGGAGUACGGGGGAGGCCUUCGUGCAGUUUGCUUCACAGGAAAUAGCUGAAAAGGCUCUAAAGAAACACAAGGAAAGAAUAGGGCACAGGUACAUUGAGAUCUUCAAGAGUAGUCGAGCAGAGGUGCGCACUCACUAUGACCCUCCCCGCAAGCUGUUGGCCAUGCAGAGACCUGGUCCGUACGACAGGCCUGGCCUGACGCGCGGAUACAACAGUCUGGGUAGAGGAAGUAGCUUGGAGAGAAUGAGGCGUGGAGCCUACGGAGGAGGUUAUGGAGGUUAUGAUGACUACAAUGGGUAUAAUGAUGGCUAUGGGUUUGGUUCUGAUAGAUUUGGAAGAGAAUGGACUCUUUUCUCCGCAGGGAUGUCGGACCACAGGUACGGCGACGGAUCGUCCACCUUCCAGAGCACGACCGGCCACUGCGUCCACAUGCGAGGUCUGCCCUACAGAGCCACAGAGAAUGACAUCUACAACUUCUUCUCACCUCUGAACCCUGUAAGAGUACACAUUGAAAUCGGACCAGAUGGCAGGGUAACCGGAGAGGCAGAUGUUGAAUUUGCUACUCACGAGGACGCAGUGGCCGCUAUGUCCAAAGACAAAGCGAAUAUGCAACACAGAUAUGUAGAGCUCUUCCUGAAUUCUACAGCAGGAGGAACUGGUGGUGCCUAUGGUAGUCAGAUGAUGGGAGCAAUGGUCAAGGAGUCGGAAGGGGUAGUCCAAGAUUGGAAUACUAGCACAUUGCCAGCACAAGUCUUAAAUGCCUGUUGCUGUUGUGCCUCUAAGACAGAUACCCUCCUGACACCCAGCUGGGCUGGUUUCGGAGAUGAAGGGAUGUCUUUAGAAACCCCAUCACUUUCCUUGAGCAUGUUAAACUUCCCUUGGUGUGAGCAAGGGAGCCAAUCCAGUUACGGUGCUCCAGGCAACCAGCAGCUGAGUGGGGGUUAUGGCGGAGGAUAUGGAGGUCAAAGCAGCAUGAGUGGCUAUGCGUUGGGCACGGUAGACGGUAUUUACGAGGUGGCCCAGCAAGGACAGGCGUUGGGGCAAGGAUGCUUCGAGUCGGCCUGAGGCAGCUGUGAACCUGCUGUCGGUUUCCCCCUCAGACCCCGGGAGCCAGGGCGCCAUGAACAGCAGCUACUACAGCAGUGGGAACCGCGCAUCCAUGGGAGUGAACGGCAUGGGCGGCAUGUCCAACAUGUCCAACAUGAGUGGUGGCUGGGGAAUGUAACCAAUCGCUGACUUUUGGUCACAUCUUUUUUAAAAAACAAAAAAACAAAAAACUAAGUUUAACAGUUUUGCAAUACGAGCUUGUGAUUUAUGCUUUACUGUAAGUGAAUUCAGGAUUGUUUUAAAACCUUUCAGGUUCAGUAUUUUUGAACAUACAGAAAUGAACAUUCAUCUAGGAUGUAAUAACCAAGUAAAGACUAUAACUGUUAAACAAUUUGGAGCGUUUCUCAAAUUAGUUUUGUUGUAGGAGUGUAUUUAAGCAGUAAGCGUAUUUAGGUUAAAGCUGUUUGAAUUAUGUUAAAUGUUGCUCUUAUACCAUAUUACAUCCAACACUGUUUUGAAUACAUGUUGAAAGAGACAUGCUUUUUUGUAAAGAACCAAUAUAGGAGCUGUGUCUGAAAAUCAAAGUGAACAUUUGGCAUGUUAGUUCUAGUUUAUUUCUUUUAAUAUCCUGUAAGGCAUGUUAAAGCUUUUUUUUUUUUUAAGUUAAUGGGGGAAACAUGUUGAGACGCAAUACGGCUACUUUAGGAUUUUGGUCUUGGUGUUCGUAUAAAAUUCUGAGGCCUUGAUUUAAUCUUUCAUUGUAUUGUGAUUUCCUUUUUAGGUGUAUUGCGCUAAGUGAAACUUGUUAAAUAAAUCUUCCUUUUAAAAACUGGAACUCA